GGAGCAGCGAUCGUACGCAUUUUCAUCAGUGCGCGAAGCGAAUCGUACGUGCGAGGAAAGUCUGAUGAAAACGUUGAAAAGUUUGCUGCCGCGUUGAAAAUGUCGGAAAUAGCUUAGCGGCCUUGUAAAAACGUUCAAGUGGAAAAGUAAAAUGAAAAAUGGCCACGUCGGCGGCCCGGAGAGCCCUGCCCCGUGGACCGGAAGUGGGCCUUCUGCUGCUCCUGCGUUUUCUCAUAACGCUUCUUCGCCAGGAUAUAAUUGAUGGCGAGAAUCGAGUCUCGGCGGUGCCAACGAGGUCGAUGCUCAAUCGGUACGAUUUCGUGAUCGUUGGAGGCGGCUCGGCAGGCUGCGUUUUGGCAAACAGGUUAUCGGACAAUGAGAAUUGGACCGUGUUGCUGCUCGAGGCCGGCGGUGACGAGACGAUACUCUCGGACGUACCCAUUGUAUUUCCGACGUUGCAAAUGACCGAUAUGGACUGGCAAUUCCGGACGGAAAGGUCCGACUCUUACUGUCAGGGGAUGUACGAUCACCGCUGCAAUUGGCCGAGAGGUAAAGUCCUCGGGGGAAGCAGCGUGCUCAACGCGAUGCUCUACGUCCGUGGCAACCGUCGCGAUUACGACGCUUGGCAGACCGCUGGAAAUCCUGGCUGGGAUUACGACAGCGUUUUGCCCUAUUUCAAGAGAUCGGAGGACAUGAAGAUUGCCGAGCUACGAGAAAGUUCUUAUCACGGUACCGGAGGCUACCUGAGCAUCGAAAAAUUUCGUUACCAAACGUCGAUGGCCGACUACUUUGUCGAGGCUGGACGGCAAAUGAGUUACGAAUACGGUGACGUCAACGGAGCCAGACAAACGGGUUUCAUGCACGCUCACGGCACCCUCAGAGACGGCUUGCGUUGCAGCACGGCAAAAGCCUUCCUGCGUCCGGUAUCGAAGAGGAAAAAUCUUCACGUCCGAACUCACGCCUUCGUCGAGGAAAUUCUCGUCGGUGAAACCUCGAAAAUUGCCUACGCUGUCAAGUUCCGUUAUCGCAAAAAUUCUCGGUACCUUGUUUACGCGAACCGCGAAAUUCUACUCUCCGCCGGCUCCAUUCAGUCGCCGCAACUCUUGAUGCUCUCCGGAAUCGGCCCCCGGGAACAUUUGCGCCAAAUCGGCAUCCCCCUCGUCCACGAUCUUCCUGGGGUCGGGCAAAACCUCCAGGACCACGUUGCCAUCGGAGGCAUCUCUUAUCUCAUCGAACCUCCCACCGACACCGACGAAUUUGGCUUCACUUUCAUCGUCCCGCGCUUCUUAAACCUCAACGCGGUCAAAAAAUUCUUUGCACACAAAAAUGGCCCACUUUUCUUCGUCCCCAUGUGCGAGGCCAUGGCUUUCAUCAAUACCAAGUACGCGAACUCUUCGAUCGACCAUCCGGACGUUCAAUUGUUCUUGUCAUCAGCGGCGGACAAUACGGACGGCGGUUUGAUCGGCAAAAGAGGGCUGGGAUUGAACGAUCGCACUUUCUCCACUGUUUUCGGGGAUAUUCUCUUCAACGAAACUUUUUCGGCGAUGCCAGUCCUCCUCAGACCGAGGAGUCGAGGAUUUAUUAAACUCAAGGACAAAAAUCCCAGCAGCCAUCCCAUCAUCGUUCCAAACUACUUCGAUGACCCUCGGGAUUUGGAUACACUGAUCGAAGGAGCAAAAUUCAUCCACGAUUUGAGUAGGACGAAAAAAAUGGAGCAAUUGAAGGUUCGUCCGAACCGAAACGUCAUACCGGAAUGCACGAGCCACGAAUUUUUGUCGGACGAUUUUUGGCGCUGUCACGCCCGUUUUUACACAAUGACGAUUUACCAUCCGACGAGCACGUGCAAAAUGGGCCCUGCUAAUGAUACACGCGCCGUCGUUGAUUCACGACUCCGAGUCCACGGCGUAACGGGCCUCAGGGUCAUCGAUGCUUCGAUCAUGCCGAACAUUGUAAGCGGCAAUACCAAUGCACCGACGAUUAUGAUCGCCGAGAAAGGGGCCGACAUGAUCAAGGAAGACUGGGCCGAGCUCCGAAACGAGAAGCUCGACGUUUUUUCGUCCGUUGAGAAAUUGGAGAAAAUCCGUCGAGGAUCGAGCCCCUGGAGCGUCAAUGAAUAUUCGUGACGACAAAAGUGCAGAAACGGCAUUUCAAAAUUACUCAGAAAAUGCGAGCGAGAAGGCAGCUUUUUUUCAAUUUUCAUCGUCACGAAUGUAACAGCGCCUUUUUCAAUUACAUUAUUUUUUAUCCUCCUUCAAAA